GGUUUAAAGGGCUCAGUCCUCUCCGUCAUCAUCACCGCUCUUCAUCCACACCCUUUCAUCAUGCUAGUUGGGCUGACCAUGGAGAACUCCUGCUUAGCCUCAUUAUUUACUCUACCCUGAACAACACAACAUUACUUCAAACUUUCCUUGCGCUCAAACUACUACUACCAACACCGUCGCGUUCUGCUUCUUGCCGCUAUGGGUAAGCCGAAGCUGACGCCGGAACCCUUCGACCUUGUCGAACUUCUACAACAAACCUACGAUGACUCGCGCAUUAUCGUCUUCGUUUGCCUCAUAUCUUGGAUCGUUGGCCGUCUCGACCUGGGCUUAACUUGGUUGUUCUUCGUCCUUGCGGUGUGUCGGACUUAUGCAGUGGUUAAUCUGACCCGAGUCCAGCGUAUCGUCCGCGAUGAGUGUAGGCGAUACCACGCACAUAAAAUCCUCUCUCGCGGGGAGACUGUGGAAUGGGUAAACGGUGUUUUACAACGUUUUUGGCACAUGUACCAGACUCAGAUUUGCGAUCAUAUUGUCCGCUACGUGAAUAACGGGCUGGCACGACGAGCCAUUACUGAGAACGGAACCACCCCGCAGAAAGUAGUGAUUCAAUCUUUGGCUUUGAUCGACCUUCCGCUUCGGUUUACACGGGUCCUUGUACACCAGAAACCUUCAUCGCCGAACCUGAUCGUUGAGGGACAGUUUCAGGUGAACCUGGCAGCGCAUCCCACCCAUCAUCACCUUAUCGAAAGUUCCGGACACCCUCUUAUCGAUCUUACGAUUGUUCAUGAUAAAAGUUCAGGGGAUUCUCACCAUCGAAAUCAUGAUUUGGCGGUGCAGGUGCGGCAGUUCAAGAGUACGGGAUCCCUGAAAAUGGAGCUAGACCUGGAGGGUGACCAUCCCGCUCUGCUACAGCCCCAGGUUGACCUUCAGGAGCACCCAAACAUGGACUGCACCAUCAAGUCGAUCAGCCAACAUCACUUUCCGCUUCAUUUUGCACAUCAUGUGGACUGGAGGCGGGUGGUGGAACUGCAGUUGCGGGAGGGGUUGGGUUGGGCAUUCCACCGACCGCUAGCGCUACCUUUCACACUGGGAGAGCGGUGGCUAUUCCGGGUAAUGACGUGGUGGUGGCAUGCUGUGAACUAGUUGCAUCCGCCCAAGAUUUGGGCGCAGGAUAAGACGCAAUAAUUGUGCAGGUCAUAAAUAGAGUCGUCUAGUGAAGGGUCCCUGAUUGGGUCGCUUGCUCCCCCGGGCGGGUGGAUUUCCUCCGUAGGGCUGAGCUGGGCGGC